GGGGGAUUUCCUGGGCGGAAGCGGCGGAGGCGGAGGGGGUUUCCACUGGUGACCCGAGCACCGUACCUCGCCGCAGUGCCCCCGACACCGCUGCCGUUCCGUUCGCGAUUCUCCCCGGCCCAGCAGAGAAGAAAAGCGGCGAGGAGAGCAGAGGUAGUGUCGGAUGAGGACCAUGAAGAGGCGAGCGGCAGGUCGGCGGUUCGAGUCCCGCAGAGAGGCGCUGAGGAGCGGCUGAGCUGAUUCAUGUCAUGUCAGCCGGACGCAACGUUGACGGGAGGGAGGUGCAGGUUCCCCUCCAGCAGGCGGCGCCCUCCCUCAUUCCGCCCCUGUCUGCGGCCCCUCCCAUCACCCCGCUUCCCCCCCGGCCGGCCAAUCCCUGGCCUCCGAGCGACUCUUCGCAAGGCGCGGCGGCGGGCUUCCUGCCGCUGGAGGGCGGCUUCACGGAUCACUUUGUGGACGCCCCCGAGGAGAAAUAUCUGUGCGAGUCCUGCCGACUGGUCCUGUGUCAGCCCCGGCAGACCGAAUGCGGACAUCGCUUCUGUCAGACCUGCAUCGCGCACAUUCUCAGCCGCCCCAAUCCCGUGUGCCCGGCCGACAUGGAGCCCCUGUUCAGCAACAAGAUCUUCCGCGACGUUUGCUGCCAUCGGGAAAUCCUGGCGCUGAAGGUGUUCUGUCGCGCCGAGGCCAAAGGCUGUCAGGAGCAGAUGAGCCUGCAGCAGAUGCCCGAACACGCCAACGUGUGCCCCUUCUUCGAGGUGCCCUGCCCGCUGGGCAAGUGCAAGGAGAGGAUGAUGAGGAAGGACAUCCCCGACCACCUCAGCUGGAAGUGCAAACACCGGGAGAGCACCUGCGACUUUUGCCUCACCAAGAUGGCGCUCACCGACUUGCAGCUGGCCAGUCACCAGCACGAGUGCCCGAAAGCUCAGGUCAGCUGUCCCUUCCAGCGCUACGGUUGCACCUAUAGGGCUUUGAGCCCGGAGGUCCGGCAACACGAAGCAGCAAGUGCCGGCGAUCACCUGAGGAUGAUGAUGCUGAAGAACGUCUCCCUGGAAAGCAAGGUGGAGGAGGUGAAGGCUGAGUUAUUGGACAAGUGCAAAGCCGUUCCUGUGGUGAGCUCUCGUCUUUGCGAGGCUGAGAAGCACAACGGCGAGCUGAGGGACAAGCACAGGCACUUGGAGCAGAAGGUGGCCUCCAUGCAGAAGGUGAUGAGCGCCCACUCGGAGAAGCUGCUGGAGGUGGAGCUGGAGCUGCGUGCUUUGGCCUCGCUGCGGGACGAGCUGGAGAAGGUGCGGCUGUCGCUGGACGCCGUCCGCAGCAGGCUGGGCGCGCUGGAGCAGGGAGGACGCUCCGCCGCAGGAACCGUCACGCUGGCCUCGCUGGAGACUCAGCAGAACCGGCAGGGCGACAUGCUGAGCGUCCACGACAUCCGUCUGGCCGACAUGGACCUGCGCUUCCAGGUGCUGGAGACGGCCAGUUACAACGGGACGCUGAUCUGGAAGAUCCGCGACUACAAGCGGCGGAAACAGGAAGCGGUGGCGGCCAAGACGCUGUCGCUCUACUCGCAGCCCUUCUACACGGGAUACUUUGGCUACAAGAUGUGCGCCCGCGUCUACCUGAACGGCGACGGCAUGGGCAAGGGCACCCACCUGUCGCUGUUCUUCGUCGUCAUGCGCGGCGAGUACGACGCCCUCCUACCCUGGCCCUUCAAACAGAAGGUGACCCUGAUGCUAAUGGACCAGGGUCCGGCGCGCAAGCACCUGGUCGACGCCUUCAAGCCGGACCCCAACAGCAGCAGCUUCCGCCGUCCCGCCGCCGAGAUGAACAUCGCCUCGGGGUGUCCGCUCUUCGUCUCCCAGAGCGUCCUGGAGUCCGCCAGCUACACCAAGGACGACACCAUCUUCAUUAAGGUUACCGUGGAUACUUCCGACCUUCCUGAUCCAUGACCGUGUGCCGUGCCACUCGGGCCACGCCCACCCGGCGGAGGAGGAGCCCGGUCCAGGUGACCGAUGGCGGGAGGGCGUGUCUUCUUCUUCUGAUUGGCUGCACCUUGGCGGGCGCCGGCGUGCGCGAUGACUCCCGCCAGGCCGUCGCCAUCGCCGCCGGUUAUCGAUGCUGUGCAUCGAGCUUGACUUCCCAUUUGGCAAGGCAUGCUGGGAAAUCCACGCCCGGAGCCGGGGAAAGCCGCGUUGGCGUGGGAGCGUGCGUCCUCGACGUGGAUGUCGGAUGCGUGGAGGUGGGACGGGAACGUAGAAGUCGGGCGUGCGGACGUUCCGCCGUGGACCCGCUUGACUUCUUCCGAAGGACUUUUUUCACGCCACGAGUCCAAAUGAUGGGAAAGACUUGCUAGUGUUGUUUUCGUUGUUGUGGUCGGCGGGAAUAAAUGUUCCUCUUUUUCCACAA